UAGCUAAAUAUUAAACGCAGAGGAUAUUAUAUUGCUGACUUGAGGAAGAAAAAAGUCUCUCUAGAAGGUUCCUCGAGGGCAGACUCCGGACAUAUUUGACGGUUACACAGGUUGUACGGCGAAGGAAACGCGUCGGUUCAUUUCUCUGCUUCUUUGUAGGAAGUGUUACCGAAUCGUCAGGACGAAAAUACCGGGUUAAGGGACAGGCCUUUGCGAGGAGCAGACUGGCAGUUUAAGUCAUGGCUGGACCCGUCAGUUUGGAGUUGGAUCCCAUUUUUCUCAAGGGGCUGAGUUAUUUACACUCCAAGAGUAAAGACUCGGCUGAGAAACUAAAAGCUCUGCUGGAUGAGUCCCUUUCAAGAGGAAGUGACUCAUCCUACCGUUCAUUACAGAAAGAUAUGGAGGUGUCAAAGGGUUCUGUGUCAAAGCUGAGCUUAAGUAAGCAAGACUCCAAAUCCUCCUCGAGUUCCUCGUCCUCCAGCAGCAGCAGUGGAAGCAGCAAAUCCACCUCGGAGAAGAGCAAGAAAGAAGUUGAGAAGAGGCCUUCUGAAAAGGUCCGGGUGGACUUGAGUGAUGUGGAUCCACCGAAAAAGCCUCGUUUGGAGAAACAGGAGAAUCGUUCUUCUCCGAUUACUGUUCAGACGAGCAAAGACCUCCUGCCAAACAUCAACGAUUAUGAUGAAACUAAUGCAGAUGACUUUGCCAUGGAAAUGGGCCUGGCUUGUGUGUGUUGCAGACAAAUGACAGUUACCAUGGGAAACCAGUUGGUGGAGUGCCAGGAGUGCCAUAACCUGUAUCACCAGGACUGUCACAAGCCCCAGGUGACAGAUAAAGAAGUAAAUGACCCAAGGCUUGUGUGGUAUUGUGCGCGUUGCACCAGGCAAAUGAAACGUAUGGCCCAGAAACCUCCACAGAAGCCGUCCCCUGCAUCAUCCUCAUCAGCGCCUGUUGUAAAAGACACGUUGGUGAAAAAGACUGAGCUCAAACCCAAAACUGACACAACGAGCACCUUCCAAGCCUUCAAAAGAACAGAAGUGAAGCCUCCCACGACGUCAGCCAAUCCCACUGGCAGCAGUUCCACCUCCUCUGGCAGCGGCCUCACAGGCUGGGCCGCGUUCGGCGCCAAAACGAGCUCAACUCUUCCCGCCAGCUCCAAACUGGGUUCUUCAGGCCCAAGUGGGAACAACAAGACGGCUCCCUCUGGUCAGAAACCUGUUGGUUUGUCUGGGCUGGCUGGAGCCAAGUCAGGACUCGGUGGGGCAAAGAUAGCUGGGAGCGGCAAUGGGAACGGCUCCAGCCAGGCGAACCCGAAAGCUCCUCCGCCUCUGACUCUUGGUAAGCAGCCGCUGAACCGGUCAUCGAGCGGUGAAAGCCAAGGGAAAGUGUCUGCUUCAUCGGGGGCUGGCUCCCCAGGCAGCACGAGCGCUGCAGGGAACGGAGGCAAUAACGGGGGAGGAGGUAACGGGAACAAUGGGAACGGGUCAAAGGCUGCACCGGGGGACAAAGCGCCAACGUCUCAAGAGUCUCAGCUUAACGCCAUGAAACGAUUACAGCUGGUGAAGAAGAAAGCGGCUCAGAAGAAACUGAAGAAAUGAGUGCAGGUAGAGAGAAACGAAGAGGAGGGGGAGUGUAAGUGAGUAGAAAAUAAAACCAUUUAACAGUGCCAGAGCAAUAUGUUUGUAGUUGAUGAGCAUCUGUACACGGAGUAACACCAUCCAGUCGAAUACUUGAAUUUUACUUUGUGUGAAAGCUGCUGCUGGACUCUGUGUGCCUCGUUCUGUUCUAACAAAUCUAACCAGUGGGUAAAAAAAAAGUGUCACUUUUUAUCAAGAAACAUCAUUAAAUAUCAUCUUCUUACAAA